AUGAAAAUAAACAGUCAAUUUAGUCCAUCUAAGACAGGUCUUCAGAGAAGACAAACCUUUGGUACCCCUAAUUCAAUUUCGGCUUUGGCAACUUCCAAAGCCAAUCCAAGAUCCUCAGUCCAGUUGCAAUUGAUUCCAGAUUUUGAACCUCAGCAGCACCAGUAGCCCUUUCAUAAAGCAAACUCCUCUCUCUCUGAGCCAAACUUUAUCAUUACUAGCAACACUGCAAUGACUACCCCAGCCUUCAACAAGCAAUCUUAUUCUAUAGUGAGCAGCUCUUAAAAUCAUAAUCCCAAUAAAAAUCAUCAAAUAAAUAGCAAUAAUUCUAAGCAAGAUUCCAAGAAUUAAGGGGGUGGUGUAAAUGGUGCUAGCACUAUCAAAACUCAAAGUCAGUAUGAUUUUGAUGAAUUAAAGCUUAUCUACUCUAAUUCAGUGAUUUCCCCUAAGGAUAGCAAUGGAAAAGGUCCUUCCUCAAACAAGUAUGCCGCAAAAAAGGUAUCCAUUGAAGAAUUGACAGCUAAGUACAAUAAUCAAUCAAUUGACCAGGUUGCGCAGAAAUAUCAUGUCUAGCCAGGAGUAAACUCAACUUAUGGGUCAAGUUUAUACUCAAAAGCAGCUACUACGGUAAACUCACACAAAGAGACACCCAAGAAAAGUAGCUAGAAGACAUAGAAUCAGGUUAAUAAUAGAAAAUCUACAAAUCUUGAGAGCAAUAAGAUCGCAUAAAUGAAUAGCUAAAUGUUUACACCUGAUGUCUUUAAGAGAAAGGUUUCUCAUCAAAGCAAUCCCCCAAAAGAUCUUACCAGCAGUUACUCCACUAAUUAAUCUAUUAAAAAGAACAAAGUCAAUUUUGACUUAGAGCAGAUUAACUAGAAUGGGACUGGUUUCUCAUCUACUAAUGACAAAAAAGCCAUUAAUAAGACUUCUACACCAAGUAAUAAAACUAAUGACACUUUCUAAACUAUCAUUACUACAUCUAAUAAAUCCUAAACUGAGCAUAGACUUUCGAAUUAGCUAUUCAAAGAUAUUUAGUAGCAAUAUCAAUUCAGAUAACAGAGAAAGCUAGAGGAGAUACACAGCAUGAUUGAAGAGAAAAGCAAGCAGAUUCACAAGGAUGAGUUUCAGGCUAGAGAUCAAGAAGCUAAGCAGUCCUUGGAAAACAUGAAGGAAUUCAGAAAAUGCUGCAAGACUUGCAAAGACUAAGACAAUGACAAAAAUCAUCACAUACAUUCUCACAGCCAUUAGUUUUAACAGCAGAAUCUCAACAAUUCCAAUGUUCUGAGCCAGGCAAAUCUCCUUAACAACAGCUAGAUCAAUGAUAACACAGCUAGUAAGGUCUUUGAGAAAUAUCUUUAAUCAUCUAAUGAAGAGAUCCAGAACAUAAUUAGAAAGAAGUCUGAAGCGUGCCUGUCUUCUUCUACUGUCCCAACUUCAAAUAUCAAUCUAGCCAGCAAAAGUAGACAAGCUAAUUGCAAAUGCUCAGAAGAUGUGGCGAACCUCAAGCUACUGCUAGUUUAAGAGCAGAAAACUAGAGAGUUCUGCUAGAGAUAGCUGAAAGAUAUUUAGGAUGAGUUCUUAAACACUAAUAGCAGCAAUUAGCUUGAGGAAUACAUGCUGUAGCUAAAAGAUAUGCAAAGUAAACUUAAUGAUAAAAACAUGAAGAUACAAUAACUGAGUGGGAAACUAAAGAGACUCACUGGUCUCUAUGAUAACUUUAAGUAUAUUGCAUCACUCAAUCAGGAAUAUUUUGCCUUAGAGUUAGGCGAAGGAGAGAAAGCUUAUAGUGAAUAAUAGAAGAUUGACUUUGAAAAAUUUUACAUGGACAUCUCAAAGUAUAAUCUUUAGACCAGAGAUAUGGGUGUCUAGUGCAAUUUUAUGAUGUCUGCCAACCCGAAUUCUACACUAUAGGAUCAAGAUCCUUAUUUUUUGAGAACCUUCAAAGAAACUUUAGACCUUGAAAGAGAGUUCUAGACAUUAUAGAAUGAAAACUAACUGCUGAAGUAAAAACUCUAUGCUAAAACUCUUGAUUUAAAGCCAGUUGAUCACAAAAUUCAAGAAUUGAGAAAAUCUUUAACUCUUGAUCUAGAUAAUUAGGUUAAAAGAUAAUAAGCAAUAAUAGUAGAGAAGUUUGCUGAUUUUACCUUCUAACUGUCCAACAUAGGGGUGAGUGACAUAUACAGUCAAUUGAGAGGACUGUUAUCCUGCCUAUUCUAGUAUCAUAGAGUUCUGGAUUAACUCGAGGAAAAAGAGGCAAGAAGUUGGAUCUGGAGAGUAUACUAGCAAUUGGUUGAGGCUAGUGGUAUUAAAAAUGCUCUAAAAUCCUCUCACAAUGCCAUUUCACGAACUCAGAGAUCUAUUAAUGAGGGUAAUCUAAGUAAGAGUGUUUAAGAGUUUGCUACCCUAUUUAACAAUAAUAACUCAUCAACUAUAAGCACCAUUUAGAAAAGUUUUGGCAAGGAUCAGAAAUUGGAAAAGUAAAAUACUAACCAGACAGACUAGCAAAUUGGAGCUGAAGAGCAUAAACUCAAAGUCUCAGGGAAUGAAGAUAUGCUUCUUUAAAUGCUUAAUAUACAAGCUCAUCAUGUUGAGCAAUUAAUGCUAAACACAACUUUUGGAGGAGGACUAGACCUGCUAUCCUCUUCAUUCUUAUGA